AUGGCUACUCCUGAAGAUUUAAAGAUUAAUGCUGAAUAUAUUCGUAUGGCUGAUCAAUAUAUCGAAGUACCUGGUGGUUCUAAUAAUAAUCAUUAUGCUAACGUUUCAUUAUAUCGCCGAACGUACUGGUGUUCAUGCUUUUGGGCUGGAUGUAAGCAUAAGAUAGUUUUCAUUGGUCCUCCCGGUUCAGCGAUGCGUUCGUUAGGUGAUAAAAUAUCAUUUACGAUUGUUGCUCAAUCUGCAAAUGUUCCUACGAUGGAUUGGAGUGGUAAUGGUGUCACACUAAUGAACAAGGUCAUGUUAUUGUUUCAGAAAGUGUUUACGAAGUGGGUGGAGAGGAAAAAUCAAGAUAAUUUUAAGCAAGCAUUUGCUCAAGUUCAAGAUGAAGUUCCUGGCUCACCGAUUUUCAUCACGCGACUUGCUCCAGAUGCUCGUCAUCUCGAAGUUCAAGUUUUAGCGGAUCAAUACGGAAAUGAGAUCUCCUUAUUUGGAAGAGAUUGUUCGGUUCAAAGGCGUCAUCAAAAGAUCAUUGAAGAGGCUCUAGUUACGAUUGCAAUAGAAGAGACAUUUGAAUCGAUGGAAAGGGCUGCUGUCAGAUUAGCUAAAUUAGUUGAGCAUCUUACGACAGAAAUGGCUCAAUUACAAAUCGCUAUGGGAAUUCCACUUCAUCAAAUUCGUGAUAUUAGA